AUUUUCCUGAGAAAUCUUAUGCAAUAAAUUUAGUACCAAAAACAACACCCUAGACCAGUCUAGACGGUUUAGGAACAACACUGCCUGUGGUUGCUAUCCUUUAUCUAUGGUUGCUAAGGACACAUACAAACAUUUAAAUAUUAUUGUUGUUUUUGCAUACAAAUAAUGCAGAGAUCAUUUUCAAUCAUAAAUGAUGACGAGGACGAGCAGGAAUUAAAAAUUGAAGAGUUUAUAAGACAAUCAAGCGACAAAAAAUACUCCGAUAUCGUUAGUGAUUCCGAGGAAAAUAGCACCAGUCCUAAGAAGAUAAAUCAAAGACAUGAUGAAAUUUCAGCCCCUUCUGUACCCCAACCAUUACCAAGACAUGGAAUUAAUAAAGAUAUUCCGCAAUCUUCUACUUCAAAAGAAAACGUUAAGUCUCCUCACAAAGUGGAAAAAUUAGCUCAUCUGUCUAGCGAUAGUGACGCCGACGAUGAUGAUAAAAAAAUAGUGCCGGGUCAAUAUGAUCCCAAGGAGUUUGAAAAUCUUAAUGUGGAUGUAGAGAUCCAAGAAAUUUUUCAAUAUAUUACAAAGUACAUUCCUCAAAUUUUAAAUUUAGACCACAAAUUCAAACCGUUUAUACCAGAAUUCCUCCCAGCAGUGGGCGACAUUGACGCUUUUCUAAAAGUAAUACCACCCCAUCAAAAUUUAAAUGGCGAUAUUUUUGAAGACCACCUAAAGUUGGGAUUAGAGGUUUUGGAUGAACCAGCUGCAAGCCAAAGUGAUCCUGCUUUGCUACAACUGCAGCUGCGAGCUUCGUCAAUAAAAGCUAGCGACAAAAACCUAAACGUGGUGGUCAAAAAAAUCGAUAAAGUAGAGAAAAAUACGAAAACUAUCGACAAAUGGAUUAAGGACAUAUCGGAUUUGCACAAAAGCAAAUCAUCGCCAGUUGUUAGAUACUCUGAGCCUAUGCCAGAUUUGGAUGACCUCAUGCAAGAAUGGCCAGAGGAAAUGGAAACUCACCUUUUAGAACACGGAUUUCCUAAACCUGAAUCAGACGCCAAAUUAUCAGAUUACAUAACAUUAGUUUGUAACACUUUUAACAUUCCAGUUAAGAAAAACAAAGUGCAAUCAUUGCAUUUUUUGUUUUCAUUGUAUGCAGCUGUUAAAACGUCCCAACUAUUUCAGGCUGCAAAAACAGAAAUUAAAAAUAAAAUAGGGGAGAAGAAAGAGGAAGCUAAUCAACUAGUAUUAGAUUAUAAUUAAUAAACUGUUCCAAUAAAACCAAUUUUAUUCAAACAUAUCUUCAUAUGACACCAAGUCUCGUUUGUCCCUGUGGUUGCCUUUUUGGGAAUGACUUGAAGCUAAUGUGGCCCAAGCUGCUGAAGAUGUCACAUCAUUGAUUGGCUCAAUCUGAGGCUGUCUUCUUGCAAGUGAUACUUUUAAUUGUAUUCCAGACACCAUAGAUCCAUCCAUUUCUGUUAUGGCUCUUUCAGCAGCUUCCACUUUAUCAAAAGUAACAAACCCUCUGUUCUUUUCAAUUUCCAUUGAUAUAUUUACAAUAUUUCCUAUAGUAGUGAAAUGCUUUUUCAAGAAAUCUUCACUUAUCUUGUAACCAGAUACAUAGAUUGUAUUGCCUUGACGUGGUUUUUCUGGUUUUUCGCGUGCCUUGUCAGUUAAUCC